AGCCGUUUGGAAGCUCGGGACUCUAAAAUGGCAGCGCAGCUUUCUCCAGGAAAGACUGCUGGCCAGACAUGCACCUUCCUCUUCAAAAAGCCUGGGCGGAAAGGGGCUGCAGGGCGCAGAAAGCGCCCGGCCUGCGACCCCGAGCCAGGAGAGGGCAGCAGUAGCGACGAAGGCCUCCCGGUGGUCGGGCCGGAGAAGAAGCGGGCGGCCCCCAAUCCCAUGAUACAGAAGACCCGGGGCCGUCGUAAACAGAGGGCGGUUUUCGGCGAUUUGAGCAGUGAGGAGGAGGAGGGGAACGCGCCUGAGAGUCUCGGGGUGGUUUAUAAGUCCACCCGCUCGGCGAAACCCGUGGGGCCAGAGGACAUGGGGGCGACAGCUGUCUACGCGUUGGACACGGAGAAGGAGCGUGACGCACAAGCUAUCUUUGAGCGAAGCCAGAAAAUCCAGGAGGCGCUGAGGGGCAAGGAGGAUGACAAGAUCUAUCGGGGAAUUAAUAAUUAUCAGAAAUUCAUGAAGCCCAAGGAUAUGUCACUGGGCAAUGCCUCCUCCGGGAUGGUGAGGAAGGGCCCCAUCCGAGCGCCUGAGCAUCUACGUGCCACCGUGCGCUGGGAUUACCAGCCAGACAUUUGUAAGGACUACAAAGAGACUGGCUUCUGCGGUUUCGGAGACAGCUGCAAAUUCCUCCAUGACCGUUCAGAUUACAAGCACGGGUGGCAGAUCGAGCGUGAGCUUGAUGAGGGUCGCUACGGUGUCUAUGAGGACGAAAACUAUGAAGUGGGAAGCGAUGACGAGGAAAUACCAUUCAAGUGUUUCAUCUGUUGCCAGGCCUUCCAAAACCCGGUUGUCACGAAAUGCAGGCAUUAUUUCUGCGAGAGCUGUGCUCUGCAGCAUUUCCGCACCACCCCACGCUGCUACAUCUGUGACCAGCAGACCAGUGGCGUCUUCAAUCCUGCUAAAGAAUUGAUGGCUAAGCUGGAGAAAUACCGAGCUGCACCGGCGGGUGGUGCUUCUGAUUUCCCAGAAGACCCCCAUGAGGUUCCAAUUCCCAUUACUUAGGUUUCCCAUGGUUCUCAAAUUAAAAAAUAAAUACUUGUUCUUCUGGGAAAAAGAAAAAAAAAAGAAGUAAAAGCAUGGCAUUAUUAAUCAAAAAGCUUCCGGUAAGGAAAAGCCCAGGAAUUGCCUUCCCUGGGCAAUUCUAACAAACAUUUAAAGCACGUCAAUCCUUCACAAACUCUUUCAAAAAGCAGAAGAGGAAGGAACACUUCCAGCUUGUUUUCUAAGGCCAGUAUUACCCUGUUAUCUAAACCAGACAAAGGUACCAUAAGAAAACUAGAGACAAA